CUGCGAUCGAUCCCGGCGGGAACUAAUUUUAGGGAAGGGACAAACAAAGAUUCCCUGACUCGUUCCAUUUAAUCUAUUUAGGUAUUUAUUUAGGUUAACUUAUACAUACGACUUUAAAUCUAUUUACUAUUUAAUAGCUGUCACCUUUCGCUACCAUCUACGUGGUUUAUCACCCGUUGAUACCUUCCGAUCUUCAACACCCAACUUUAAACAUUCGUUAUCGGUUGCCGGUUCCGAGACAACGCCAAUAUGAAGAUAGCAAGCCUUAUCGCGGGUCUUUCCCUUGCGUUGUCCGCUGUCGCGGCAGAUCCGCCGCCUCCGCAAUUCCCGGUUGUCUUGGGUAUUGUAUCCGACACUCCGGUUCAAUGCGCUCCUGGUCAGAAUAUCAACCUCACCUUCCUGCCGAACACCCUCCGACUCGAACUUUCCAACAUGCAGUUCGGUACCGAAGGCCACGGAAGGACCGACGAGAUAGCUUCAUGUCAAUUCACAGUCGAGUUUACUUCCUGGUGGUAUAAGUACCGUUUCGCUAUUGGUGAUGUAACUUACAGCGGCCACUUGAAUGCGACCGACGGUGUCCAGCUCUACCAAUUGACAGCCAAUUCGGUUUUCAGAUAUGAGAAUCGCAAGCUAAACCCCGGAAGAGCGCCACCCGAUAUCUGGAACGUAUCCAUGUCCACUAUGAUCGACAAUACGGCUGCGACAACAAUUGGAGGCGAUGGAAACUUCGACGAUGAUUUCAAGGCAAGCGGCAAUAGCUCUCACUUGGAGUGGUCAACCUGUAUGGAUGGUGGUGAGGGAACUGGUGAUGUUAAGACGAAGCUCGCAUUUACGCUCACCGCGACAACAAGCGAUAAGACGGGCAAAGGCACUGGAAAAUUGACCCACGGUUUGACGUACGACUUUGGUAUCGUCUGGGAAGAGUGUAUUCCUGAUCGCGCAAUUAAGAAUGCCUGGGGUGAGACUCGGAUUGAUGACUGGUCGACAUGCACGUACAACACGUCGACGAAUGGGACAUCACUAGCAGCUGCACGAGCGUUGCGCCGUGGACCAGCUCUACUCGACUAAUCUCGAUGAUUUAAACUCGGUCAGGAUGAAGUCACACAGGUGACCGAUCAGUUAUCCAGAUAGAUAAGAAAGCUUGCGCUUGCUUUUUCAGUUUCGCGAAAAUAAAUGAUAUAUGACAAGCUAACCCAAUUCCCU